CCCGCCCGCAUGCUGGGGCACAGGUAGAGGAGCUGGCAGUCGCGGGCGCCGACGCGCACCGAGGCCAGGGUAGCCGUCAAAUAUGGCCAAUUUAGUGCCCCUCGUCGCAGCGCGUAGCCAACGAGGUAGAAACGACUGGUCUAUUAGUCUUAUAACAGCAUCUUUGGCUGGAGCCUUUGGAUCCUCCUUCCUCUAUGGUUACAAUCUCUCUGUGGUGAAUGCUCCGACUGUGUUUAUUAAGAAGUUUUACAAUGAAACCUGGGAAAGAAGAUAUAACCAGUCAAUCACUGAGCAGUCACUUACCUUGCUGUGGACUUUAUCGGUCUCCAUUUUUGCUGUUGGUGGACUUCUGGGUGCAUUAAUUGUUACUCCAGCUGUCAAGUAUUUUGGUCGAAAGCGAACGUUGCUGCUAAAUAACGUGUUUGCCAUUGUGGCUGCAUUGUUUAUGGCCUUCUCACUGCUGGCAGGAAUCUUGGAAAUGAUUAUUUUGGGCCGAUUCAUAAUGGGCAUUGAUGGAGGUAUGAUUUAAUUUAUGCAAGAAACUGAUGUUUAGUGAAUGUUCUGCAGUCCCUGCACACUAGUCUUUUAACAUCUCAACUGAAUUACCUGGACCUGGAAAAAUAGGCUGAAUUCUUAAGAAAUAAUUUUUUU